UCUUACACUUAACCUAUGACAUUAUUACCCAUCAUCCUUUCGUUCUCUGCCAUCUUGGUUCGUUAUUAAAAAUGGCCAAGCGUACAAAGAAGGUUGGUAUCGUGGGGAAAUAUGGCACACGCUAUGGUGCCUCCCUACGUAAAAUGGUGAAGAAGAUUGAGAUCUCACAGCACAAGAAAUACACCUGUGUCUUCUGCGGCAAGGAUGCCAUGAAGAGAAAGUGUGUUGGUAUCUGGCACUGUAAAGCUUGCAGGAAAGUAGUUGCUGGCGGAGCAUGGGCUUACAGCACAACUGCUGCAGCAACAGUCCGAAGCGCUGUUCGUCGCCUCAGGGAAAUGAAGGAAACAUAAACUUUGUUAUAAAUAAUAUUGGACUUAUAAACUGGAUUAUUCUCAACGCAGUUUUCAUGUGGGAUUCACAGCCGAUGAUCUACCAUCAUGUUGUUCAACAACCUCUGCCUGGCCAACCAUUUGUACGUGGUUCACAGCGCAACCCUUAAGGUCAACCAGACUCAUUGUCAAGUUCAGCAAAAAUCAGUUGGUUGUAAAUUUGUAAGAAAUAAAUCAACAGUUUGAUCUUGAGGGAAGCGAAA